AUGGAUCCCAUACAGUCUUUCGCUGACCUUUUCGGCACGCCCCGUCCAGCCGCGACUUUCUUGCUAGCUAGCUUCGCGUUCGUCCCGAUUGCGUGGCUUCACAGAUUCAUCUCAUCACCUUCACUCCGCCAUCUGUACUGCACAGUAACGGGACUGCUUCUAUCGGCGUUCGUGUUCGGAUGGACGGCGGACGCGCACUUCUUCGUGUGCAUGCUCUACUCCAUGGCCGUAAUGCGGCUGUUUCGUAGAAAAUGCGGCGUCCUGACGUUCUUGGGAACGUUCGCGUACUUGAUUGGGUGCCACGUCAUCAUGCGGACCCACGAGACCCGCACGGAGGGCGUGCUCGACUGCACAGGCGCGCUCACCGUCCUCGCUACAAAGCUCUCCGCUGUCGCGUAUAACUACCAGGACGGGCUCACGCUGCUCAAGGAGAAGGACGAAGGCGCGCAAGCAAAGGACGAGAAGGAGAGGAAGGAACUAACAGAGGAGCAGAGGCGGCGGGAGGAGCGGAUGGAGCGUUCGCGAUUGGAGCGACCUCCUGCAGCCACAUCAUUCGGGCUCUCGUGCUCCUACUUUUCAUCUUCUUGUGUCGAACCUCCCCUCCACUUUUCAUCUCGUCCAUUCCGUCUUCCUACAUUUCAUCUCGCCUCUCCUCACAGUGCACUUAAUAUGGACCUACAAGCUGAAACUGCUGUCUGUCCUUCCACCAUCCUUCCGUCUGGUCCCCGGGUCUCAAGCAGCCAUCUGUCCUCCCGCCCUUCUUCCACUCGUUCAUCCAUAACCUCACUCGUCCGUCUGUUGCCAUCCAUCCCUCCCCUGCAGAUCUGGUCGCCGGGUUUCAAGCAGGCACCCAUCCUGCCGCCCUUCUGCCGCGCGUUCAUCCAGGGCGUCGUGGCAGCGGCCGUCUUCCUGCUCGUGUCGCCCUCGCUGGACCUCACGCGCAUCAGCGACCUGCGCAAGAACCGCUCCUUCCCCUUCCACCUGCGCUGGCUCUACGCGCACCACGCCGGCAUCGUCUGGCGCUUCCGAGCGUACAUCCUCUGGAGCAUCACCGAGGCUGCCAUGAUCGUCGGUCGCCUGGGGUUCAGCGGCUGGGAGGCCCCCAAUGGGGACACUGGAAAGGGUGGGGACGUGAAGGGAAACGGGGGGGAAUCGGAAGGGGGGAAAGGGUAUGGGAAGGGUGGCGGGGAUGGGGAUGCAGGGAAGCAUGAGGGUGGUAAGGCGUAUGCGGCGCCUGCAGGGGAGGGGAAGGCGCUGUGGAACCGGGCUCGCAACGCGGACAUACUGGGGGUUGAGUUUCCCAAGAGCUGCCUCGACUUCGCCACCACGUGGAACAUUUCCUACGGCCUCUGGCUCAGGCUCUACGUGUACGAGCGCAUGGUGCCGCCCGGCAGGAGGCCCACCUUCGUCCACAUGCUCACCACCAUGCUCGUCAGCGCCGUCUCCCAUGGUUUGAACUGGGGUGACUUCAUCUUUUUUGCCAAUUGGGCGCUUGUUGUUGCCAGCUCUAAAGCCAUCUACCAGCUCACUGCUGGAAUCGCCAAGGGCACCAACACCCACCGCAUUGUAACGCUUCUUCAUACCCUCUAUAGCAUCUUCGUCUGCAGCUACUUGGCAAGCGCCUUCUGCGUGAUGACACUAUCGGGAGCGUACUCAGCCUAUAGUGGCAUGUACUAUACUGGUACUGUCAUCCCAAUUCUCUUGAUUUUUCUGCCAAUGGUGUACAAGCCUCACCGCCCAAAAACUGUCAAGACACAGUAG